GACCACUAAGCAUGACUCCGAAAUCCAUCAGGAGUUACUGAAAUUCAGGGAGAAAAUUCCAUGGAAUUAUAGUUAGUACUACUCUGCAAUGUCUCUAUUUGAAGAAGAAGAUAAGGACAAACAAAAUAAAGAGAGAUAUCUGCAAGCCAACAACAGAGGACUCAACUAUAAUUUUGGAUAUCCAAACAAUACCAUAAAGACCUCAAAAUAUAGUGUCGUUAACUUCCUGCCCUUGAACCUAUUUGAACAAUUCCAGAGACUUGCAAAUGCAUAUUUCCUCAUUUUACUAUUCCUACAGUUGAUUCCCCAGAUCUCCUCCUUGGCCUGGUAUACAACUGUGAUACCCCUGGUAGUGGUGCUGUCCGUAACAGCAGUGAAAGAUGCCAUCGAUGACCUGAAAAGGCACCAAAAUGACAAUCAAGUCAACAACCGUUCUGUUCUACUCCUGAUGAAUGGCAGGAUGAAGGAAGACAAAUGGAUGAAUGUCCAAGUGGGCGAUAUAAUAAAACUAGAAAAUAAUCAGCCUGUCACGGCGGAUAUGUUAUUACUCUCUAGCAGUGAGCCAUACAGUCUGACAUAUGUAGAGACAGCAGACCUGGAUGGUGAAACCAACCUGAAAGUGAAACAGGCCAUCUCAAUUACCAGUGAGAUGGAAGAUAACCUGGAGUUGCUGUCUGCCUUUGAUGGAGAAGUGAAGUGUGAGCCUCCCAAUAACAAACUGGACAAAUUUGCAGGAAUAUUGACUUUUAAGGGAAAAAAUUAUGUCCUGGACCAUGACAAGCUACUACUCCGAGGCUGCAUCAUCAGGAAUACAGACUGGUGCUAUGGCCUAGUGAUUUAUACUGGGCCAGACACCAAAUUAAUGCAAAACAGUGGAAAGUACACCUUAAAACGAACACAGAUAGACCAUCUUAUGAAUGUCCUCGUGCUCUGGAUUUUCCUUUUUUUAGGCAUCAUGUGUUUUAUCCUAGCAAUUGGACAUUGGAUUUGGGAAAGCCAGAAAGGCUACUACUUCCAGAUUUUUCUGCCAUGGGAAAAAUAUGUCUCCUCAUCAGUUAUCUCUGGCACCCUCAUCUUCUGGUCCUAUUUCAUUAUUCUCAACACCAUGGUGCCCAUUUCCCUCUACGUCAGUAUUGAAAUAAUACGAUUGGGCAACAGUUUCUAUAUCAACUGGGAUCGGAAGAUGUUUUACGCACCAAGGAACACACCAGCACAGGCUCGUACCACCACCCUUAAUGAAGAACUUGGCCAGGUCCAAUAUGUGUUCUCUGACAAAACAGGGACUCUGACUCAGAACGUCAUGAUUUUCAGCAAAUGUUCUAUUAAUGGGAAACUCUAUGGUGAUGUCUAUGACAAGAAUGGGCAGAAGGUGACAGUCUCUGAGAAAGACAUGAUCGACUUCUCCUACAACAAACUGGCUGAUCCUAAGUUUUCAUUUUAUGACAAGACUUUGGUAGAAGCAGUGAAAGAAGGAGAUCACUGGGUGCACUUGUUUUUCCUCUCACUCUCAUUAUGUCAUACUGUGAUGUCAGAAGAAAAACUGGAAGGUGUGCUGGUGUACCAGGCUCAGUCACCAGAUGAAGGUGCCCUGGUCACUGCUGCCAGGAACUUUGGCUUUGUGUUCCGUUCCCGCACAUUUGAGACAAUCACCGUAGUCGAAAUGGGGCAAACCAGAGUCUACCAACUGCUUUCUAUUUUGGACUUCAACAAUGUGCGCAAGCGGAUGUCUGUUAUUGUACGGACACCUGAAGAUCGGGUAAUGUUGUUCUGCAAGGGUGCAGACACCAUCAUCUGUGAGCUGCUUCAUCCAUCCUGCUACUCCCUCAGUGAUGUGACCAUGGAACAAUUAGAUGAUUAUGCCACUGAAGGCCUUCGCACCCUCAUGGUGGCCUACCGAGAGUUGGACGAUGCAUUCUUCCAGACCUGGAGCAAGAAGCACAGUGAAGCCUGCCUGACUUUGGAGAAUCGGGAAGACAGAUUAUCAGAUGUCUAUGAAGAGAUCGAAAAAGACUUGAUGCUGUUAGGGGCCACUGCCAUAGAAGACAAGCUGCAAGAUGGAGUGCCUGAGACAAUCAUCAUGCUGAAUAAAACCAAAAUUAAAAUGUGGGUUUUAACUGGAGAUAAGCAAGAGACUGCUGUGAACAUUGCCUACUCCUGUAAUAUAUUUGAGGAUGAAAUGGAUGGGGUGUUCACUGUGGAAGGCAAGGAUACUGAGAUUAUUCAGGAAGAACUCAGGACAGCAAGGAGCAAGAUGAAACCUGAGACACUACUGGAUUCAGACCCAAUAAACAUGUACCUCACCAACACAGGGCCCAGAAUAUCCUUCAGAAUACCUGAGGAGGAAGCCAAUGGCAGCUAUGGCUUGGUCAUCAGUGGCUACAGUCUGGCCUGUGCUCUAGAAGGGAACUUGGAAUUGGAACUGAUGCGAACAGCAUGCAUGUGCAAGGGGGUGAUCUGCUGCCGGAUGACACCCCUUCAGAAGGCCCAGGUGGUAGAGCUGGUGAAGACGUACAAGAACGUGGUGACACUGGCCAUCGGGGAUGGGGCCAAUGACGUCAGCAUGAUCAAAGCUGCCCACAUUGGGGUCGGCAUCAGCGGCCAUGAGGGGAUGCAAGCCAUGCUCAACAGCGACUUCUCCUUCUCCCAGUUCCAGUACCUUCAGCGUCUACUCUUGGUCCAUGGCCGUUGGUCUUAUAAUCGCAUGUGCAAGUUUCUCAGCUACUUCUUUUAUAAGAACUUUACUUUCACCCUGGUGCACUUCUGGUAUGCCUUCUUCAACGGGUUCUCUGCACAGACAGUUUACGAUACCUGGUUUAUCACCUGCUACAAUCUGGUCUACACCUCUCUCCCUGUUCUAGGCAUGAGUCUGUUUGAUCAGGACGUGAAUGAAACAUGGAGCUUACGUUUCCCAGAGCUGUAUGAGCCAGGCCAGCACAACUUCUAUUUCAACAAGAGAGAAUUUAUGAAGUGUUUACUGCAUGGGAUCUACAAUUCCUUCGUGCUGUUCUUUAUCCCUAUGGGAACUAUUUACGACUCAGAGCGAAUUGACGGGAAAGAUAUCUCUGACUACCAGUCCUUCUCCCUGAUCGUGGAAACCUCCUUGAUCUGGGUGGUCACAUUGCAGAUCAGCCUGAAGACAACCUACUGGACACUAAUAAGCCACUUUUUCAUCUGGGGUAGCCUGGGUUUCUACUUUUGCAUCGUAGUCCUCCUGUACAGUGAUGGCUUGUGCUUAUUGUUCCCCGACAUCUUCGAAUUCCUAGGUGUAGCCAGAAACAUUCUGCUCCAGCCACAAAUGUGCCUGAGCAUUAUCCUCAGUGUGGUCCUCUGUAUAUUACCUGUGCUUGGGUAUCAAUUUCUUAAACCACUAAUCUGGCCCAUCAGCGUGGACAAGGUUUUUGAGAGAAUUCAUCAGUUCAGGAGACAUCCAGAGCCACCCCGACUCCGGACCAAGGUGAAACACCCAAGCUCUCGACGUUCUGCCUAUGCAUUCUCACAUAAACAGGGCUUUGGGGCCCUCAUCACUUCUGGCAAGACAAUGAAGUUCAAGGGGCCCAAGAAAGUCAGCAUACCUUUUAAAAAGGAGAGGCCCUAGAGAAACUCCAAAGGAAUCUGUCAUUGCUCUUCCUCCCUUGUAUUCAUGCAGCUUCGUAAGGAAGGAUUAGAGUUGCUGGGACACCAGCACAAACCUAUCUGCUCCUCCAGUUUCACUAAGGGCUCAGCCUCUUAAUUCCCCAGAACGUUGUGCCCAGGUAAAGCAAGGAAAGGUAAGGAAAGAAGCCCUAGAUAUCUGCCAAAGUGGAAGCAUUUAAACAAACAAAAAAGCAACCUUAGGCCUCCCUUCCACCAUCCCAUCCCAAGUUUUAAUCCAGACAAGCAAACAUGAAAGUAGAUGGUGAAGAUGGACAGUAUGUGAAAGAAAAAGGAAGAAAGGACCUAAGAAUCUUACAUUGGACCCUAUCUCCCAUACCCAGAGUAAGCAUAAACCUUCCCAGGGCCCCACAUGAACAUAUUCCCACCCCAGCAUUAUUUACAGGCUUAUUUGGGAGAUUCAGGGUGAGUCUUUUGCUGGCCCUGGGGAGCAAAACGAGGAGGCAGCUAUGAAGAAUUGUCUUUAAGAAGCUGAGGAGAGUUUCUGAACCAAAAAGUAAAAGGAGGCGGUUCCUGCCUGGAGAAGAUAGCUCAAAGUCUUGCCUUCUUCUCCUUUCUUUGACUCUUUGA